UUACUCAAUUUUACAAAAACACAGAGAGAGAGAGAGAGAAAUAGUCCAAGGGCAGUCACAUGAGUGCUUUUUGGCAGGGCCAACAGAACUGAGAUCAUAGCCUCUUGUGGAAUUAGUCUCCCCGGGAACUUUUUCCGGAAGCCAAACAGUUAAAGAAAAAUCUAUAGAUGCGGCCGAGUUCGGGGAAACAAUGUGACUUGCUUCCUUCUAUAAAAGGAGAGCACUGGGUAAAAUGUGUUCCUAGAUUAUAUGCUUCACGUUUCAAAGGACACAGAGCUUUCACACGCCUGCAGUGUAAACAUUUUGUUCUGAAUGCAACAACCAUAGGACAGGGGGAGGAUCAGAGGCAACAUGAGUAAGAGAGAGAGAAGUGUGUGUCAACAAACUUGGGCCUUAUUAUGCAAGAAUUUGCUUAGAAAAUGGAGAAUGAAAAGGGAGUCCUUAAUGGAAUGGUUGAGCUUAUUGCUCCUACUGCUUUCUUUGUACCUAUAUCCUAUUAGACAUGAAGUCACUGAUUUUUCUUCACUGCCUACCAUGGACCUGGGACGGGUAGAUUCAUUUAACCUAUCUACAUUUAUGAUUGCAUAUACACCUCUCACCAAUAUAACCCAACAGAUAAUGAAAAAAGUUGCCUUGGCCUCCUUGAUAAAUGAGACAGACGUCUUGGGACUGUCUGAUGAAGAAAGUAUUGGAGAAUUAAGGGAAAAUCAUUCUAGGGAAGUAGUAGGAGUCAUCUUUACUAAUAUAUCCUCAUAUAAUUUGAAAUUCUCAUGGUAUAACCCAAUUUCAACAAAGAAGGAACACAGAGACCAUACAGCUCAUUGUUAUGAAACAUAUUGGGAAGAUAUUGACUGUGGAGUUACAACACCCUGGAAGGAAGGCUUUGUGGCUCUUCAAGCUGCCAUUAAUGGUGCUAUUAUAGAAAUCACAACAAAUCACUCGGUGAUGGAGGAAUUGAUGUCAGUUACUGGAAAAAAUAUGAAGAUUCAUCCCUUCGUGAGUCAAAAAGGGAUAUUCAUGGAUAUCUACCUUUUCUUCUUCCUUAUUUCCUUUUCCCCAUUCAUUUAUUAUGCCUCUGUUAAUGUUACAAGAGAGAGGAAAAGGAUGAAGGGUUUGAUGACAAUGAUGGGUCUUCGACAUUCAGCAUUCUGGCUCUCCUGGGGUUUGCUCUAUGCUGGUUUCAUCUUCAUCGCUUCCCUUUUAUUGGUGCUUAUUAUAAAAUCUAUCAAAUUUGUCAUUUGGACUGGCUUCAUGGUGGUCUUCACUCUCUUUUUCCUCUAUGGAUUGUCUUUGAUAGCUUUGGCUUUUCUAAUGAGCGUCUUGAUAAAGAAACGAUUCCUCACUGGCCUGGUCGUGUCCCUUCUCACUGUCUUUUGGGGGAGUCUAGGAUUCACGGUCUUGUACAGGCAUCUUCCUGCAUCCUUGGAGUGGAUAUUGGGUUUUCUCAGCCCCUUUGCCUUCAUGCUUGGAAUGACCCAGCUUUUACGUGUGGACUAUGAUGUGAAUUCCAAUGCAUUUCCUGCUUUUUCAAACUACUCAAGUCAAAUAAUAGCAACGCAUUUUAUGUUGGUUUUUGAUAUUUUCCUCUACCUGGCAUUGACGAUUUAUUUUGAAAAAAUUUUGCCAAAUGAAUAUGAACACCAAUACUCACCCUUGUUUUUCCUGAAGUCCUCAUUUUGGUCACGACAACGUAAUGCUGAUCAUGUGGCCCUUGAAGAUGAAAUAUAUUCUGAUCCUUCAUCUAAUGACUCUUUUGAACCAGUGUCUCCAGAAUUCCAUGGGAAAGAAGCCAUCAGAAUAAGAAACGUUACAAAAGAAUAUAAAGGAAAGCCUGAUAAAGUAAAAGCUUUGAAAGAUCUGGCAUUUGACAUAUAUGAAGGCCAAAUCACUGCAAUACUUGGUCACAGUGGAGCUGGAAAAUCAACACUAUUGAACAUUCUUAGUGGGUUAUCUGUUCCCACCAAAGGUUCUGUCACCGUGUAUAGUAAUAAACUUUCAGAAAUGGCUGACCUAGAAAAUAUCAGCAAGCUCACUGGAAUUUGCCCACAAUACAAUGUGCAAUUUGACUACCUCACUGUAAGAGAAAAUCUCAGACUCUUUGCUAAGAUAAAAGGGAUUCCACCACAGGAAAUGGAACAAGAGAUACAAAGAGUUGUGCUGGAGUUGCAAAUGGACAGUAUUGAAGACGUCCUUGCUCAAAACUUAAGUGGUGGACAGAAAAGAAAACUCACUUUUGGGAUUGCCAUUUUAGGAGAUCCUCAGAUUUUCCUAUUGGAUGAACCAACUGCUGGGUUGGAUCCCUUUUCAAGGCAUCAAGUGUGGAACUUGCUGAAGGAGCGGAAAAUGGACCGUGUGAUCGUGUUCAGUACCCAGUUCAUGGACGAAGCUGACAUCCUGGCUGACAGGAAAGUGUUUCUCUCCAAAGGGAAGCUGAAGUGUGCAGGCUCAAGUCUGUUUCUAAAGAAGAAAUGGGGGAUUGGGUAUCACUUAAGUUUGCAGUUGAAUGAAAUGUGUGUUCAAGAAAAAAUAACAUCCAUUGUUACAAAGCACAUCCCUGAUGCCAAAUUAUCAGCAAAAAGUGAAGGAAAACUUGUCUAUACAUUGCCCUUGGAAAGAACAAAUAAAUUUCCAGAACUUUAUGAGAACCUUGAUCUCUCUCCUGACCUGGGAAUUGAGAAUUAUGGUGUUUCCAUGCCAACCUUGAAUGAGGUGUUCCUGAAACUAGAAGGAAAAUCAACUGUUGAUGAACCAGGUAUUGCCACAUCUGGGGAAGUACACGCAGAAGGAGCUGAAGAAACAGAAACACUUUGUGAGAUGGAACAACUUCUCUCUUCACUUAGUGAGAUGAAGGAAAGACUAGGUGGCAUGGCUCUGUGGAGACAGCAAAUCUGUGCAAUUGCAAGGGUCCGCUUAUUAAAGCUAAAGCAUGAAAGAAAAUCUCUUUUAUCACUGCUAUUGAUUCUAGGAAUUGGAGUUUUCUCUGUUCUGUGGGACUACAUCUUCUUAACUAUGUAUGAUGUCAGUUACACAUGGGAACUUUCUCCCCAUUUAUACUUCCUUGCUCCUGGACAACCACCACAUGAUCCUCUCACUCAAUUAUUAAUCAUCAAUAAUACAGGGGCAAGCAUUGAUGACUUUAUACAUUCCGUGGAGCUUCAGAACAUAGCUUUGGAAGUGGAUGCAUCUGGAAAUAGAAAUGGCAUAGACGAUCCAUCUUAUAAUGGAGCCAUUAUAGUGUCUGGUCACGACAAGAAUUACACAUUUUCAUUAGCAUGCAAUACCAAGAGACUGAAUUGCUUCCCAGUUCUUAUGGAUAUUGUUAGUAAUGGGCUGCUUAGAAUAGUUAGACCAUCAGCACGUAUUCAAACUGGGCAAAGUACGUCUUUGCUGGACGUGGAGAUUCCAUUGUUAUUCACGAUGUCUUACGUGUUCUUGGUGUUUUUGUCAUCCAGUUAUGCUCCUUACAUUGCCAUGAGCAGCAUCGAUGAUUAUAAGAACAAAGUGUGGUCCCAGCUUCGGAUCUCCGGGCUCUUCCCUUCCGCUUACUGGUUUGGGCAGGCGUUGGUGGACGUCCCACUAUACUGGCUGAUGUUCCUUCUAAUAUAUUUAUUGGAUGUUAUUUUAAGCUUCCAAGAAUCUAUGUUUAACGAUUUAAUUCACAAUGUGGAAAUCCCAUGUGCUAUUGGUUCUGUACCAUCCCUUGUUUUCUUUACGUAUGUAAUUUCGUUCAUUUUUCGCAAGGGGAGAAAAAAUAGUGGCAUUUGGUCUUUGGUCUACUUUGUUAUCACCCUUUUCGGUAUGGUCAUAUUUCUGGUGGGAAGGUCUGGAAACAUUUUACUAUCUCUCAUCAACUUUAUAAUGCCACACACCGCAUUAGUUUGCUGUAUGAUCUUACCUUUUUAUCCUGGGAUGCUUUUUUCAAUUGGUGGAGAGCUCGUUCUGCUAUUCCUAAUUCCUUUCUUGCAACUUAUUGUCUUGAUUUUUAUUCUUCGAUGUCUGGAAUGGAAGUUUGGAAAGAUAUCAAUGAGAAAGGAUCCUUUAUUUCGAAUUUCUCCAAGAAGCAGUGAUGUUCACCAAAAUCCAGAGGAGCCCGAGAGGGAGGAUGAAGAUGUUGAGAUGGAAAGAGUGAGAACAGCAAAUGCCUUGAAUUCCACAAACUUUGGUGAGAAACCAGCCAUUAUUGCCAGCUGUCUACGCAAGGAGUACACAGUGAAGAGGAAACACUGCUUUUCCAAGAAGAAGAAGAAAAUCGCCACAAGGAAUGUCUCUUUCUGCGUCAGAAAAGGUGAGGUUUUAGGAUUACUAGGACACAAUGGAGCUGGUAAAAGUACAUCCAUUAAAGUGAUCAUUGGAGACACCAAACUAACUGCUGGACAGGUGAUUUUGAAAAGGAACAGCGGAGGGGACGCCCUCAAGUUCCUGGGGUACUGCCCUCAGGAGAACGCGCUGUGGCCCAACCUGACAGUGAGGGAGCACCUGGACGUGUUCGCAGCUGUGAAAGGGCUGAGGAAAGCAGACGCCGCCGUCGCCAUCACACGGUUGGUGGAGGCGCUCAAGCUGCAGGAGGAGCAGAAGCGCCCUGUGAAGGCCUUAUCAGAGGGAAUCAAGAGAAAGCUGUGUUUCACGCUGAGCAUCCUGGGAAACCCAUCGGUGGUGCUGCUGGAUGAGCCGUCCACGGGCAUGGACCCCGCGGGGCGGCAGCAGAUGUGGCAGGCCAUCCGGGCCACCUUUAGAAACACGGAGAGGGGCGCCCUCCUGACCACCCAUUACAUGGCGGAGGCGGAGGCCGUGUGUGACCGUGUGGCCAUCAUGGUGUCCGGGAGGCUGAGAUGUAUCGGUUCCAUCCAGCACCUGAAGAGCAGAUUUGGCAAGAAUUACCUGCUGGCAAUGAAGGUGAAGACCCUCGCCCACGUGGAGCCCCUGCACAGAGAAAUCCUGAGGCUUUUCCCCCAGGCUGCUCGGCAGGAAAGAGACAGUCCCGAACCCAAGGGCUACCACAGGAGGGAAACAAGAGAACAGAAUGCUCAUUUGGAAACUUAUUCUGUAAGGGAACGUGCCAGGUACUUUAAACAGAGCUUCGACCUGGAGGAGUACAGCCUGUCACAGUCCACCCUGGAGCAGGUCUUCCUGGAGCUCUCCAAGGAGCAGGAGCUGGAGGACUUUGAUGAGGAAGUUGAUCUCUCUGUGAGGUGGAAGCUCCUCCAGCAGGAAGAGCCCUAAAGCCCCAAAUACCCUGCAUUGCCCUUUAGGCCUGUGGCUCUUCUUAAGUUAACAUUUUAUAGCAUAUGAUACCUUUUCUCAGACACGGACAAGGUACUUUUGAAACGAAUGUCAUGAUUUUUUCUCAAUAAUAUCACUUCCAGUGGGACUAAAGAAAUCAGGCCAUGCAGCCUCUAGACCAGCAGCCAAAUUCCAUAUUUCAUGCAGUAGCAAAUGCAAAGAAUACAUUUAUUAUAGAAUUGUUUAUGUUUAUGAGGAUGACGCAGGGAUUGCUUAAUUUUUUUCUCUGAACUUUAAAUAUGGGAUAUUUUCUUAUCUUUUUUAUUACAACACGAAGUAAGACAAUGCUGAUUAUAGGGGAAAGGGAGUCAGUUGAUUACAUGGCAGCACAGUCUUUGCUUUUUGUAAUUCACUUUUAUUCUCUUUUUUUACUUAAUUCACUGAUUUUUCCUUUCCUGGCAUUUUUAGGAUUUUAGAUUUUAGAGUCUGUGUUUUGACUAUUGUAACUAUUAAGGACAUUUGAAACCCGUUAAGAUAAAUAAUUGCAGUAAGGCAUUGAGUAAUCAAGUUGAUGAAAAAAUACAUAUGUUUACAUAAAAAUUUGAAAAAUAUUUCUGAUUUUAUGUUGUCUUAUGAUGCCAGGGUCCACCCUGAUGCAAACCACUAGAACUUGAUAGAUCUUAAUUUCCCAUGUCUGUACCUGUUGUGAUUUAUUCAACUGGUAAUUCCAUAAACACCUUAAAAUCAACACGAUAUACUUAUACACUCAUA